AUGCUUUGUUCUCGUUUGUCUGAAGUUCUCCCUAUUUUGAUUCAUGGUAAUCAAGGGGCUUUCAUCAAGAAUCGUCUCCUGGCUCAUAAUAUUCUUAUUUUUCAAGACUUGCUCAAGGGUUAUACGAGGAAGAACAUUUCAGCUAGAUGUAUCAUGAAGAUCGACCUUAGUAAAGCUUACGAUAUAGUAGAUUGGCAGUUUGUAGCUGACCUGCUCAAGGGUCUUUGUUUCCCUUCUAGGUUCAUUCAUUGGGUGCUGGUUUGCUUAAAGGGAACCACUUAUUUUUUGAUGCUCAAUGGUCGGCUUCAUGGCACCUUUAGAGGGGAAAAGGGUCUGAGACAAGGAGAUCCGAUAUCUCCUCUUUUGUUUGUUUUGAUUAUGGAGUAUCUGACUCGGCUCUUACUUCAGACUUCUAAACAAAAAGAUGAUCUAGUUAUUUUUUGCAAGGGUAAUGUGAAAUCUAUGAGACUCACACAGUCUGCUAUUGAAAGCUUUUGUGCUACAACAGGUCUCUCAAUCAAUAACACAAAGUCCCAUAUCUACUUUGGAGGCAUAAAAGACAAUUGUAAAUCUCAAUUUUUGGAGAUUACUCAAAUGGAAGAAGGAUCUUUUCCGCUUAAGUAUCUUGGAAUUCAUCUAAGACCAACUAAAUGGAGAGCAGCAGACUGUGGGGAAAUUAUUGAAAAAAUCCAACUGAACCUCCAUUCCUGGGCCAGUAGGAAUCUAUCCUUUGCAGGCCGAGCUCAACUCAUUCAUUCAGUCCUUCUUGGAAUUAGGAAUUUCUCGAUGAAUAUCUUCAUCCUUCCUCAGAAAGUUAUUGCUGUCAUAGAUAAAUGCUGCAGAGAUUUUCUUUGGGGGAUGAAAGGGAAUCGUAGCAAACUUCACCUUACGUCUUGGGAGCAAGUCUGUCUUCCCAAAAAGUAUGGAGGAGUUGGCUUCUUUGAGGGCAGGAAGUGGAAUAUUGCUAUGAUGGCCAAGUACAUUUGGGCUAUUUCGAGUAAGAAGGAUUGCUUAUGGCUGAGGAAUGUUAUAGAGUGUACUGCUGUUACUACUUCGGUUUUAAGAGCUAGAGAGGUUCAAUAUGCUUCUGCUAUAUGGCAUCGUUUAUGUGUCCCGAAACAUAGAUUUAUUUCCUGGCAAGUGAUAAAUGAACAUCUUCUUACUCGAGAUAAUCUUGGGAAAAUUAUGGAGCUGGCUACCUAUCUCUGCCCGGUUUGUGAUAGUGUCAAUGAGUCCCAUCAACACCUCUUUUUUGACUGCUCCUUCACUAAGAAACUUCAGCAAGAAGUUAGUUCCUGGUCCGGUUACAAGGGCUGGCCUCUUACCAUGGAAGCCUGGAAGAUUUGGAGCACUAAUGUCGAUUCAGACCUGCUGACUCUGGUUUGGAAUGCUAUUCUUUCAGCAGUCUUUUACUCAGUUUGGUGUAAUAGAAAUAGGUGUGUGUUUGAUUUGUGUUGUAGCUCAGUGUUGGUAGUUAGUUCUACUAUAAAAUUACCUAUCAAAGCUAGAGUUAAGGGAAUUAAUUGUACCAAGGCUAAGAAAAGAGACAGAGAUGUAAUUGGCCUUAUAAAUUCCCUUUAA